AUGGAAGACGCCUUUGACGACAAUAAGUGGCCUUUUGGCUGUGAAGUCGCACCUGGCCUAUUUGUUGACGGCUUGGGUGCCAUUUCGACCCCUUUAUUCGCCGAGCAAGCUGAAAACCUCAUUGCGCUAUGUGAAAAGUCCCCGUUCGGCCACAAUAUGGACACUAAGAUGGACGACAACGUCCGGAAGAGCUGGCAAUUGCAACCAAACCUUGUCAAAUUUAAGAAUCCACUCUGGCAAACGGGCAUUAAGAACCUGAGCAAGAACGUCGCUACCCGGUUGGGAUACAGGGAGGUUCUUCUGAAAUGUCUGCUAUAUAAGCUGCUAGUAUACGGCGAAGGAGGCCACUUUGUCAAGCACCAGGACACGGAAAAGGAAGAUGGAAUGAUUGCAACUUUAGUGGUGCAGCCUCCCAGCACACACGAAGGCGGAGAUCUGGUGGUGUAUCGAGAUGGAGAAGUGAACCUUUGGAGUUUAUCGGCGUACGGGAGGAUGACCAAAGAAGGAGGAUACGUAGGCAACGAGAGCUCUGAAGCAGUGUCAACUUACACGCGAUACGCGAUUGUGGCUUGGCCAGCAGCUAAGCAUGUCGACAAAGCGUUCAAGUUUAUGCCAAUGGAUGCUGCUGCUGAAGCCUUGCACUUGCCAGGACUCAAAUAUUGCGAUAAGUACUGGAUCGAGGGACCAAGUAGACUCGUAUCGGCCCACAAGCUUCUUGACUGUAGUUUCGAGGUGGCUUUUGCGAUCACUGCGAGUAAUCCGUUUCCAAAACAAUCCAAUCGAGUGAGACGUGAACAACUCGUCAUCAUCCAUCUGAGCCGCAAUUUCAACUGCCUCUUAGACCAAGGCUUCCUGAGCGGCUCCACUAUCCAGACCGUCGACCACACGUAA